AUGAGAAAUCACACAAUGAUUAAAGAGUUUGUACUCUUGGGCAUAUCAGACAACCCAGAGCUUCAGGUUAUACUUUUUAUCUUUUUAUUCGUAACUUAUUUAUCAAACAUCACUGGAAACCUAACCAUCAUCAUUCUCACCUUGUUGGACUCACAUCUAAAGACCCCUAUGUAUUUCUUCCUCCGGAAUUUCUCCUUCUUGGAAAUUGCAUUCACCAGUGUUUGCAUCCCCAGAUUUUUGGGGUCAAUAAUUACUAAAGUCAAGACCAUUUCCUAUAACAACUGUUUAGCUCAAUUAUAUUUCUUCAUCUCCAUGGGUGUGUCUGAAUUUUUCCUUCUAACUGCUAUGUCCUAUGAUCGCUAUGUCGCCAUCUGCAAGCCACUGCAUUACACCACCAUCAUGAAUAAGAAAGUCUGCUCCCUUCUUGUCUUUGGUUCAUGGCUGGCAGGAGUUCUGACCAUCUUCCCACCCCUUAUGCUUAUCCUCAGGUUAGAUUUCUGUGCUUCCAAUGUCAUCAAUCACUUCUCUUGUGACUACUUCCCCAUUCUCGAACUCUCUUGCUCUGAUACGUGGCUUUUAGAGAUGAUUGGCUUUUACUUUGCCUUUGUUACUCUUCUCUUCACAUUGGCGUUGGUGAUUCUGUCCUACAUAUGCAUCAUUAGCACCAUUCUGAGAAUUCCAUCUGCCGGUCAGAGGAAAAAGGCUUUCUCCACUUGUUCCUCUCACAUGAUUGUCAUCUCCAUCUCUUAUGGAAGCUGCAUAUUCAUGUAUGUCAAGCCUUCAGCAAAACAAAGAGCAUCACUGACCAAAGGAGUAGCUCUCCUCAACACUACUAUUCCUCCCAUGUUGAACCCUUUUAUUUAUACUUUGAGGAACCAGCAAGUAAAACAAAGCUUCAAACACUUGGUUCAUAAGGUAGUAUUUUACAGAAGCAAAUGA